UGGGAAUGGUUCUUGGCAUCUUUGAAGGGUGAUCUUAAUAUAUGCAACUCAUCAUCCUACACAAUCAUGAGUGACAAGCAAAAGGGUCUAAUAAAUGCUGUGCAGAAGGUAUUCCCACAUGCAGAACACAGAUUUUGUGUUAGGCAUCUAUACCAAAAUUUCCACAAAGUGCAUAAGGGUGAGCAGUUGAAGAAUGAUCUUUGGUCGAUAGCAAGAUCCACCAAUGACAUUGCAUAUCAGAAGAAUAUGGACCAGAUAAAGUCACAUAGUGAGGCUGCAUACAAAUGGGUUGAGAAACAGGCACCGAGAACAUGGAUAAAGGCCUUUUUUAACCCAUUCCCCAAGUGUGAUAUAUUGCUUAACAACAUGUCAGAGGUAUUCAACAGUUACAUACUUGAGGCAAGAGAACUACCAGUUGUGUCAGCAUUGGACAACAUGCACAUCAAGUUAACCAACAGAAUUGUUAGCAAGCAAAGAGAGUCAGACAAGUGGACAGGGAGACUUUGUCCAAAGAUCCAGAAGAAGUUGGACAAGUUUGUCGAGUGGGCAGCUAAUUGUAUGGUCCAAGAAGCUGGUAAAGGGGUUUUCCAAGUAAAAUCCUUUAACAGCACAUACUUGGUGGAUCUCAACAUGAACAGUUGUGACUGUAAAAGAUGGGAGUUGUCUGGAAUACCAUGUCAUCAUGUUCUUGCAUGUGCUAGGCAUGAAAGAAUUGAGCCUGAAAGCUUGGUGCAUCCAUACUAUACUGUUGAGAGCUACAAGAAGGCCUAUGCGUACAACAUAAUGCCACUGAGGGACAAAGGUCACUGGGAAAAAAUGCAUGGAAUUGACGUGUACCCACCACUGUAG